AUGUUACCAAAACCAGGAAAGAGGGACUAUACCCAACUCAACACUUGGCGGCCAAUUAGCCUCCUCUCUACCCUAGGAAAAGGCCUCGAGCGCCUUCUAGCACAGCAGAUGGCUGUAAGAGCAAUUCAGGCAGACCUGCUAGCCCCCUGCCACUUUGGGGCCUUGCCAGGACGGUCUGCCAUUGACCUGGUCCAGGUCCUUGUACACAGGGUAGAGGAGGCCUUUCAACAGGGAAAGGAUGCUUCAUUACUCCUACUAGACGUGAAAGGGGCAUUUGAUGCUGUCAUACACCAACGGCUCCUUUCUCACCUACGCCUGCAAGGAUGGCAUAAAGGCUUACUCCAGCUACUUGAGGACUGGCUUACUGGCCGUUCUGUAUCUGUUCAUAUCAAAGAAAGCACCGCUACAGCACCAAUCAAAGGUGGACUCCCCCAGGGAUCCCCCCUAUCCCCAAUACUCUUCCUACUAUAUGCAGCAAGAAUAAUCUCUACCCUAGAGAGCUCCUUCUGCUAUGCAGAUGACAUGGGUAUAUUACUAACUGGGAAUACCCUGGAAGAGAGCUCACAACAACUGGUAGAGGCCUACAAGCAAAUUACUGUCCUAGGGACAGAGACAGGCCUCCCUUUCUCAAUAGAGAAAACAGAGAUACAACACUUCUCUAAAAAGCAGCAGCAGCAUUUCCCUAUAGUCACUCUACCUGGUAUAGGGGAGAUUACACCAUCCCUAUAUACACGUUGGUUAGGAGUUCUUCUGGAUACAAAGCUUACUUUUAAAGCCCACAUUAACUGGGUCUUUAGCCGCGGGAAACAACUCGCCCAGCACCUAAAGAGACUUAGCAAUACCCAGCGUGGCUGUCCAGUGGCCUCCAUGCGCGCAGCAGUUAUACAGUGUGUUCUCCCAACAGCUCUGUACGGGGCAGAAGUCUUCUAUACAGGAAAAAGACAACAAUGGGUUGUUAACUCCCUGCUCUCUCUCUUCCGUACAGCAGCCCUGGCUAUUAUCCCAGCCUACAAGACCACCCCUACUGCAGCUCUGCUCCGCGAAGCAGACCUACCAGACCCAGAGGCUCUAUUCAACAGCAUCCUCCGAAGGGCAGCAGUGAGAUACAUGAGCCUUGAUAUUAAACACCCAAUUGCCCAAAUAGCUGCAGAGGCCACCACAAGCAGGCCCAAGACCAGGCUUAAAAGGAUCCUCCAGCUCCUCCUUAGCCCCCUGCCAGAGCGCACCAUAAUAGGGCUGCCUCUCCCUCCCCUACGCAUGCUUCCAACAGACAACAAAGACUAUAGCCCCGCCCCAUUACAGAUAUCAGUAUACUCAGACGGCUCGCGAACUGGCCAAGGGGCAGGAUAUGGCUAUGCAAUCUACUUUGGCCCUAUCCUGGUGACCAAGGGACAUGGCCCCGCGGGCCCCAGGACAGAGGUCUAUGAUGCAGAAAUCAUGGGCGCUGUAGAAGGCCUACGCGCAGCCCUGGGACAACCAUGCCACAGGAAGCCCCUUCAAGUCCGCUGGAUCCCAGGCCAUUCUGGGAUUGCUGGGAACGAGCUGGCAGACAAGCUUGCAAAGCUUGGGUCCUCUAUAUACAGCCCUAACAUCCCCCCAUCCCCUGCAUACCUACGACGGGAGGCAAAACAGUGGCUUCGUACAGAGGCAUAUACAGCAUAUGCUAGUAAGGCACCCCAAGCCUACAAGACCCUGGAUAUCAGACCCCAUACAAAGGAAAGCCGCACCCGCGAGCACAAGCUUCCCCGUUGGGUACUUGGCCGACUCGUCGCCGCCCGUACAGGCCACGGAGACUUUACGGCAUACCACCAGCGCUUCAACCACUCAGACUACCUGGAGAGCUGCUCUUGUGGCAAGACCAAGACCCCAGUACACUUCUUCUUCUGCCCAUACACCAGAAAGCGCUGGAAAGAUAGAUGGAGAUGCAUAAGGGACGGCCCGUCAAAAACAAUAGACUGGCUCUUAAGUACAGCUGCCGGGGCUGAAGAAUUCAGCCGCAUCGUGCAAGAAUCAUCCUUCUUCAAGGAUAUAUGCCCGAACUGGGCCCGCCGGAGCGCUUGA